CUCGGAUACAACAUAUUUGGAGGAACUAAUGAAUUUAGUUCCUCGGUGAACUUCUACAGAUGUUAGUACUGCUGGUCCUCGGUGGUUUUAGAAGGUUUACAUGGAACUACCGCUCAUACUCGUGGUUAACAGAGUCUGCCAGUUGCUUCUGAAACUUCCUUUUCAGCUGAGUGCAGGUCAGACAGCCGCCUGAGUUCCGAGUGCGAUGGAGCAGCCGCGACUGACAUUUGUGAAGAUUGAAGCUUUCCUUCUGUUUUAUUUGAUUCUCCGAUUUGAUCUGGGCACUGCUCAAAGGCUGGUGAAAUUACAGGAAGGACCCCUAAUUCGAGCUGAAGGACAUCACAUAACGAUUCAGUGCAAUGUGAGCGGAAUGCAGCGGUCUCAAGAGCAGAACUUCGAGUGGUCUAUCACCCUUCCAAAUAGACCUAAAUUUCAAAUCCAGAUUAUCAGCACUCAGGAUCCCGACUUCCCUUAUGCCAUGUAUAAAGACAGAGUGGUGGCUAAGGAGAUCUACGUAGAGAAAAUUGGAAUUGACUCUGCGCAGUUACACAUAACAAAUCUGCAGAAAACUGAUGAAGGAGAGUACAUGUGUUACACUCCCAACACCGACAGUAUUUACUGGGGAACCUAUAGUGCAUUAAUGAAUUUGACAGUUAUCCCAGACACGCUCAGUGCAACAUUGGUACCUGAAGUUAUAAAUAAAGUAGAAGGUGAUCCUCUGGAACUGGUCUGUGAAGUAUCUAAAGAAACAACGGUCCACACACAUGUGUCUGUCACAUGGUACCUACAAAAAGAUGGUCAGAAUAUCAGAGUUAUCUCUCUGACAAGAGAUUUAAUUCUAAGUGCUGGAGAACUAUAUAAGCAAAGAUGGGCACUGGGAGAUGUACAACUGGACAAGGUCGGGGCCACUUCGUACAGGCUCACUAUCCACAAGCUACAGAAGUCUGAGCAGGGGCAGUUUUACUGCCACACUACAGAGUGGAUCCAAGACCCAGACAAGUCCUGGCAGGAACUGACUGAAGUACAAACCAAAAGUACCACAGUGAAUGUUAAAAGCAUGGGUAAAGAGUUUAUUGCUCAGAUUAAGGCUGCCAAUGCCAAUAUUAAUGUAGGAGGCUCACUGGAGAUAGCCUGUACAGUUGAAGCUCAGAAUAUUGCACAGCGUUUCUUCUCAGUGACCUGGUUCUUCAACAAUAAUGAGAUAGUUCGUAUUGGACCAAAUGCAGUUCUGACUUUUCAUGGAGAAUAUGGAACGAGAGAAAAUUCUGGAACGGUAGCUGUCAGAAAGAAAACUGAAGGGGAAUACAUUCUGAAACUUUAUCAGGUUCAAGUGGAUGACGGUGGGAAAUAUCACUGCCUGGUGGAGGAGAGCGAGGCAGCUGCAACAGGAGCAUUCUCUUCCAACAAGACGGAAGAGAUUGAAAUCACUGUUCAACGGCCAGAAGCCAAUCUUAAUGUGAUGAUCACCAGUAAUGCCAUUGAUAUUUUGGAAGGUGGCUUUCUUCAGUUUACCUGCAAUAUUCAUUCAGAAGCAGCUGGCCAUGGCCAGCUCUCUAUUGUUUGGCAGUUCAAAAACAAACAGAACGUAAAGAAUGACAUAAUCGAAAUGAACAGGAAUGGUGUUCAAGUUGCAGCUGAGCCCUAUCGUGAGCGCCUCAUUCAUGGUGAUAUCAGGAUGGCAAGAGUGAAAUCGGAUGUUUUCACUUUGGGAAUUUAUAAUGCACGCACUUCGGAUGAAGGACUGUAUUCUUGCAAAGUUACGGAGUGGGAAAUAAAGUCUGACCAAAACUGGCGUUUAAUUGGAGAGUACGAAAGCAGUGAUAAGGCAGUGACUAUUAAAUCUCUGAGUAGCAACUUUAAAGUUACUGCCGUGACCCGCACACCAACUGCAGUAUAUAACGGUACAUUUGAACUUCAGUGUAUAAUUCGGCCUUUAGAUCUCAGUCACCUGCCAACCACCAUAUCCUGGAAAUUCCAACCUACUCAUUCGAAUGACAGCUACCACCUUGUUACUUUCAACCGUGACACUGCGAUUAUGUGGGGAGAGGAGGGAGUGAAUUUCAAAGGGAAAAUGAUAGUAACGAAAACAGAAUCCAAUUCUGUCCGGUUGCGUGUCUCCAGAGCCAGCAAGCUGGAAGCUGGGAAGUUUUUAUGUACUGCAGAAUUAUGGCAAAGGACCCAUGCAGAUCAAUGGGUCAUGAAAGCUAGUGCAACGUCAAACAUCCUGCAAGUGAAGGUUAAACCCCCAGUAAGCCUCUUGCAACUUGAGAAGGAAGUUGCAACCAUACAAAAGAGGAUUAGUGACAUCACUGAACUCGAUUGUAGAAUUUUUGCUCGAACGCAGAAUGAUUCUGAGUUCUCCGUUACCUGGUUCUUCAGUAAGUCACGGGGAGAAAAAGAGGAAGCUCUUCUGAACAUUAAUCGCAAUAAUAUCAUUCAGUACUAUGGCGAGUUGCAUACCAAUGAUGAAAAGAGGAUGAAAUUCCGGAUUGAGAAGCCUUCAAAUGAUCUUUACCAACUAAUUAUAGAGAAAACUGAUGUAACCGAUCAAGGGAAUUACUAUUGCAAUGUUACAGAAUGGCUUUUGGAUCCCAACUAUAUUUGGUAUCAAGUGGGGGAGGCUGCAUCCGCAUUAAUGUAUGUUCAAAUACAUACACCAGAUGCAAAUCUACAGGUUUUUGAUGAAAACAAAACUGUGUCGAUCACUGAGGGUGUUGUUUUUGAACUGGGAUGCUAUAUUGUCAAUCAGACACAGGCACAUUCACAGUUUUCAGUUACGUGGUAUUUCCAAAAUGAGAAUGAUUUAAAGCCCUCACUGAAGAUGCUCCUGCAAGCUGAUCGCAAUAACAUCCUUCAGUACCACGACAGCUUGCAGACAGACUUUCAGAGGUUAAAAUUCCAAAGUGCAAAGGUUUCCAACAAAAACUACAAGCUGAUCAUAUGGAAUACAGCAGCCAGUGACAGUGGUGUUUACUUUUGCGAAGUGGAAGAAUGGAUCCUAAGUCCCCAGAAUCAAUGGGUUUCUCAAGGAAGUGAUCAGUCUGGAAAAACAACCCUUCACAUCCUAACAUCAGCUCCUACUCUCCACUCAAAGGCCUGUGCGUCACCGUCAUUCUUCUACUUCCUAUUUGUUUACCCAUUUAUAAUCUUCGUGGCUCUUAUGAUUCUUGCUGCAUAUUUUUACUGGAAUCCAAGGAAGCCGCAGAAAACUCCUCAGCAAAAUAGUCUAUGGACACCAAUUGAAACAAUCAUUAGAGAUCCCAAAAAUGAAGCAGAUGCAAGUGUAAUAUGAUGUAUAGAAUUAUUUUAAUAACAUGCCAUUUUUGCUGGAGAAAUCAUGUCACAAAUAGCAGCAAAAUAAUGUGUGCUAGUGAAAAGUUCACACAAGUGCCAAACCUAAAGGAACAUUAAAACAAACAAGAAAUCUGAAACUAUCCAGUUUUCUUAUUAUGUUUAUUUUUAAAUUGGCAUUAGCACCUCUUACCAUAUGCGAGGUGUAUAAACACAACUUUACAGAUUGUCAGAAUAGACUUGAAAGUUCAGCUUCACUCUUGAUUCUUGGACUUCUGUCGUUUAAUUGAGUUUAUUUUAUUAUUGCCAGUAUUAAGUGUUCUUCUUCUUGCAUGUUUCCCUUCCUAGAAUUGAAGUGUAUGCCACGUUUUUGCAAAUAUUUUUUUCAGUCCUUCUCAUGUUUUGAAAUUCUUGUCCCUGUUGCCCUAAAUCUAGAGUGUCGGGCAAUAAAAUAUCUUUAGAUAAUUGGAGUACUAGGUUGGGUGAGCAAUUGAAAAACAAUAUGUCAUAACUGGACUUGUUCAGCUUAUUCAGAUUCAGAUUCAACUUAUUGUCAUUUAUAAACCACAAAUACAAUGCAGUUAAAAAAUGAGGCAACGUUCUCCGGAAUGAUAACACAAAAAAAAACACAAAACAGACCACUCAAGAAAAACCACAUAACGUUUGGUAAUCCCCAAUCCAGAGUCCGGAGAGGCUGCUGCGUAUCAAUAUCGCGCUACCAUCUUAGCACGUUCCCCGGAAAGGAACUACAAA